GACCUGAAGCCAAGAUCCCUAGACCCUCUCCCUCCCUAGACGGUCGGCACCGGAACGACCGACGGCGGUUGCGACGGCGGCUACCUUGAAGUGCCCACCGGCUCCGGCGUCGCGGAUCAAGCUUGCGGCCCCGGCGCGACGGCGAACGCCCUGACGGCGGAAUUCAUCGCAAGGAAUUUCUGGGUUUAAUUGGAACUGUGGGGAUCAAGAGUAUGAAUUUCGCAGCAUCAUUUUGUAGGAGAGUUAAUAUUAAAGAGCUUACCACCAGCAUCCCUGUUUAUAACAGUGCCAGUGAUGCAUCUGGUGGAGGAUUGAAUUUGCUGUUCAGGCGUUGGGCCACUAAGAAGUCGGCUGGAUCAACAAAGAAUGGAAGAGACUCAAAACCAAAGAAUCUUGGAGUGAAGAAGUUUGGUGGAGAGAGAGUCAUACCAGGAAAUAUAAUUGUUCGACAGCGGGGCACUCGGUUUCACCCUGGAAACUACGUUGGAAUGGGGAAAGAUCACACCCUCUUUGCAAUGAAAGAAGGGUUGGUUCAGUUUGAGAAGCACAAGCUCAGCGGGCGCAAGUGGGUGAACAUUGUUCCAAAGGACGGCCACAUACUUCACCCCGUGUAUGGAGAGGCUGCUGCUGCAUCUGAUCUGAAGACAGCUACUUAAACAACCCACUUUUGGAAUUUGAUGGUGUAAUUUUCCAGCACAACUCCAUAUUUCACCUCUUUUCUAAACAAUGAGCAGCGGGGGGUUAAAAGUCUGAAGUUAUUGUGUCUUUUUCCGAUCUCUCUUAUCUGCUUUUGAGGCACAGGAAAGAGCCCAAGGUACAAGCUGUAAUGCUCGGGAUAAAAUAGUUAAUCCAUUGUUGCUCGACUCUUUCAAAACUCAGGCACCAAAAGAAAAGGACAGAUCUCUUUGAUCUCUUGUUGUCUAUGGAAGGAUCUCAACGGUUCUUUGUCUACCCGGGUAAAAUUGUAUGCAUAUUUUCGCAUGCA